AUGUCUGGUUUUCAUGAUAUGAAAGUAUGCCAAAUGAGUUUCGUGCCACUGCAUUGCUAUUACGGACAGUGCUUUUGUAUUCCGGACAUGGGCGUUUUGUCUUUGUAGCUGCGUUAAGCAUCAUUAAACCGCAAAUUUCGUUUUUGUUGACACGUUUUGCUGUCUUUUGUGACCAGAAAACACUUGUGGGGUGUUGUCAAGCGACAAACGACAUGACUCAUCUCUGAUUGACCAAUGACGAAAGAGAAUUCAUGACGUCACUAGUGCCAGUCAUUGGGGAUCAAACAAAGGCCCCCAAGCUCAACAUAUCGAAGUCAAAUUUCUCAAGAUAGUGGCCUGUUUUUUGGACAAGAAGACGCUCUUUCGUCGCCUUUACGAAGGAAUACUGUUCUGUGAGUAUUUUGUGAAUGGUGUUCGUUAACUUUAACGGGAAUGAAGCGUUGUGGCACGAAAUCAAGGGUGGAUUAGGCGUGCGUUUGUGUGUGACCACAUAUCGUUUGGCUUUCAUUAUUCGGCCCUUCCUCCGAAAUAAUUUCGAUAAGGUCAACUUUCGAAGUCUUUUCUCUGGUUUUCUGAGCGUUAUAAAGUGGUUAAACGACAGUAUCAGUUUUGUGAAAUGUAUAAAAUGCUAUAAACGUAAAAGAAAAGUAAAUUAUUCCGUGAUUUUGCCCACGUAUGAGUCGAAGGGAAGUUAUGGCCAACUUCAUGGAUAUCUAGAAAUAUAAAUCCGAAUACAUCACUGUUCGCUUGGCUUUCGGCUUAUAUAUUUUGCUAAAACCAAGCUUAGGGCGUUUUUAAGUUCUCGUUAUUCUCUUCGGUCGAUAAACAGCAUUUCUGAAACGAUAUUACGCUCAGUUUAUGAGAACAAAUCUUUGGCAAACAUAAUGAAAAAAUUUUAGCGUCGGCUUUGUCCUUUGUUUUACUUCGGUCACGAAACGUUUAUAGAUGGUUAUUAUUAACGUAAAACUUCGUUUCUUUAAGGCAUUUUAUAAGCUUUUAUCUGAAACAAGAGUAAAGCUUAAGCAUAGUUUGAAUCAUGUUUGAAUCAGUCAAGAAAUUCGCUUGUUGAGUAUAUGAGACAUUUUUUAUGUGUAGCAAAUAUGGCUCCUAUUGUUUUGCACUUCUACUGAAAACGAACUUUUUCAUUCUUUCAAAAAUAAUUAAGUAUCAGGGUUUCAUAUACUUGAAACUCUAAUACCAAAAAGGCCUUUUCAAUGCUUAAAGAAAUAAUGAAAUAUCCAUUUGUACAGUAUAAGAGGUUACAAAUAUGAUCAUAUAUUAGUCGGCAAGAAUUAGCCUUGUGUCUGUUUUAAUAGUAUUUAUACAUUUAGAUAAUUCUUGCACAUAGAAUCGUUCAGAUUUUAAGGUUUUUCAGCUAAAAAUAAAAGCAUUGUGUAAGCUGGUUUCAGUAUUGGCUUGUGCAGUGUAAUAUAUACGUACAGUUCUGUGCAUUGAAAAAUAUAUGCAAAUCAGUAUUGUAGCCAUGUAAACUUGGCACAUAAUGACAUAUUUACUCAACAGAUUGAAUGUUCAAGAAGUUGGCUGAACGAUGUAAGGUUCUACCUCGAAAAUCGUCUAUGUUUUUAACGUUGAGAAUGACGUGUUGCGUCCUUUUGUCAACUUGUUGAAUAUUGCUCAACGUUGCCUGUACCUGAACCACACACUCGAGAAUAUAUAUUGAAUGUGAGGCACAUGCUUGGUUUAUGGAUGCAAUAGUAGAUUAAGUGUUUUACAUCCAUGGGAUUUCAAACAAUUUCCUAGAAGAAAGUUUUCUUUGCAACAAGCAAGCAUUUGUCCUUGUGGUUGAGCAGGGGGUCAUUCCAGGAAACAUCCAUACCUUCCCCUCGGAGGGAGUUAGAAGUUAACCCCUCUACCCCCUUCGAACGUCCUAAUACGCUUACUAUUAUCAGAAACUAAUUUUUCAUCCCUCCACCUCUGGACGGCAGAAAUUUCCUCCGUGGGGCAGGCUGGAUGUUUUGUGGAAUCGAACAACUCAAUGUAAAGGUUGAUUAAUGGGCCUUGUGCAGGUUUCCAUCCAAUUUCCAGGAAUUUCAGUUACAACACUGGACAUUUUAUGUGUUGUUUAUAUCAUUACGAGUGUUCACCAAAAAUUUCGAAUCAAUAGGAUUAAUUCCUCCUGAGUUACAGCGUCUUGAAAAUAUAAGUGCUGACAUCAGCAUUAUUUUUGAAUGCCUUCAGAAACAGUGUUAUACACAAAAUUUAGUUUAAAAUUCUUGGUUAAGGUUAAGACGUCCGCAACUUCUUACCUGAUAUAAACAAGAAUCUAAAUAUUUUUGCCCAAACUCACCUUUAUUUUAGCAUUUGAUUUUUGGAUAAAUGCUGGGUGGUAUAAAAUGGCCAAUUUUAUACCACCAAGCGCUUAUCCAAAAAUUAAAUGCUAAAAUAAAGGUGAGUUUGAGCCAAAAUGUUUAAAUUCUUGUUUAUAUCAGAUAUGAAGUCCCGUAUUAACGUUAACCAAGAAUUUUUAAAUUAAUUUUGUGCACCGGUAUAACACAGUUUCUGCAGGCGUUCUAAAAUAAAUAAUGCUGACGUCAGGACUUUUAUUUUUCAAGAUGCUGUAACCAUGGCCGGAUUUUGAGAGGAGGUGUGCACCUCCCCUGAGAUCGUUUUGCACCUCCCCUGAGAAUUUUUCACCUCCCCUGAAAAGUCAUGCACCUCCCCUUGAGAAAGUUAUAAUGAUCAAAGUGAAAAUUUGACUUUUUUGUUGCUCAGGGUCUGCACUUCGUAAAAAUUUUUUUCUGUAAAAUUGAAACAGUGAUAGCCAUUCAUCUCUGUUGCAAUGUUUUGGCCCGUUCUAAGCCCAAACUUUCCAUUGGGAUUGUCAGCUAGACCGCUGCACCUCCCCUAAAUUUUUUGCCACUUGUUCUGCCACCGCAAGCAGGGCAGUGCCUUUAUUAUUUACCUAUCUGUUUAUAAAAAACAUGAUUAACAAAUCCCGGAUAACAGUUCAGUUCAUAGUCUAAACAAAAACUAUAUACAACUAAAAAAAAACAAACAAACAAACUCUAGUAUCCACCAAUCUGGGAGGGUGGGUGGGUAACUGCAUAGGAUGUGCAAAAAACUAAAAGAUGCCAAAGUCACUUAUCACGUGACUUUAUACAACUCAUGUGACCUAACACAGGGCACCCCAGUAUGAGAAACCUGUUUCUCGCUUAUUUUGUAAACUCAGACAGCGAGAAACUCAAAUUCUGCCACUAUUUCCAUUUGGAUGGAGACCUGCAUAAGGCCCAUUAGGCAUUAUUAAACUCUCUACUAACAAAGUAAGGUGCAUUGUAACUUCAUAGUCUAAAAAAUGUUGAUCUUAAAUUAAUCAUUCAUUUUGUAACCAUUUUAGGAUGGAGAAUCAGAAUACCCAACAACCUUCUCUUUGUCGUGCUGGCUGUGGUUUUUAUGGAAAUUCAUCAUUUGAUGGAAUGUGUUCAAAAUGUUUCAAAGAUGCUCUCCGACGAACACAGUCUACCUCACCUACAGGAUUCAUAACUCAGUCUUUGAAUGGAGGUAGGCAUAGGGGUCUGGGAACCACCUAAGGAACCAAAACUAGUAGCCUGGGGAUGAGAUUAGAUCCUGGAAUCAAACACCAAAUUGUGUAUGACUUGGGCAGAUCGGAGAUCCUGCCUCAAUAAUUUUGAUUUUGUCUCAAUAGCUAUUUUAGCCUUAUUUUUAAACCCAUUUACUACAGGUUUAGAUGAUAGUUAGCUCUACUCCACAUAGUUUUUUAGUUGACCUGUAACUCCAGAAUUUUUAACCAAUUGAGUGUAAAAUCAUCCGGUAUUAGACACAGUAAAAUAAUAGGCAAAACCAUCUGCGACAGUGUACUAAAACAUUCCUCUAUGCCUUGGGGAGGGUUUUCUAAAUUUGCGAUAAUAUUACCAAAUUUUGUCAAAUAAUUGGAAGUGUCACAGUGUUUUGUCCAGGAUUGCAGCCCUAAGUAGAUUAAGGAGGUAGUGCACCCAUCUUGUUUUAGGCCGGCGAAUGGCGAUUUUCACCAUCGCUAAGAAGACAUUUGACAGCCAUUCGCCAGAGGCUGUGUGUAAUUCGUCGGUACUUGCAGUCAUGACAAGUGCAAAUUUUUAGCCCUGCCUUGCACUCGGACAAUAUACCAAAUAGACAAAGCUUGCAAGCCUUUGCCCACCACUUAACUCACAGCGCCCUUGAAGCUUCGACCUUUACAUACUCGCUUCUCUCAUCAAUUAAUAGCCGGCACUUCAGUAGAGCAAAACAUUAUUGGCCAUACCCAAAUUAUUAUUAGCCAGGACGUCAAACGGAUACCUGAAGGGCUGGUAGUGUCGCUCUGUGACUCCCCAUGUUCUGUAGCAUGUUGUGUGCUAAGGCUUACCUUCACCUGAACUUAAUUUAAUAAACAAUUCUAUUACUAUCAGCAAGUUCAGAUGAGCCAAGCACAUCAGUCGUGGCAGAGAUGUCACCAUCAACAUCGACAGCUAAUGCAGAGAGAGAACAGCCUGUUGCAGAGUCAUCAGAACCUGCAACAGAAGCAACAGCGACAGCUGUGACCGUCGACGGUGAAGACCAACAAGAUUCCCCUUCAAAAACUAAAAGGAAAAACAGAUGUACGACAUGCCGAAAGAAAGUCGGCCUCACAGGUGAGAGUUUAAAAUUUUAUUACAUGAACGAAACAAUCUUGUCCAAACUCUUACUGUAUCCCUUUAUAAGUAUAACUAUAGAUAGUAUGAAUUUGUAGAGUUGAAACAGUCUAGCCUGUUAACUGCUCAGGCUUUAGCUUAAAUUCAGCACCAAAAUUAUAGUCUUAUUAUGUAUUAUAUUUUUGAAAUAAUUGUAGUGUUCACAUUAGGUGAACUGCCUUAAAAAUCUGCACCAUCUUGCUGCAAUGCCUAAUAAUUUCCAUGUUCUCCUAGGUUUUCAAUGUCGCUGCGGAGGCUUAUUCUGCAGCUUGCAUCGCUACUCUGAUAAACACCAGUGCUCGUUCGAUUACAAGGCAGAGGGCCAGGCAGAAAUCAGAAAAAAUAAUCCUGUUAUUGUUCGAGAUAAAGUGCAGAAGAUCUAAGCGACCGGCAAUCUAGGACAAUGAAAUUAGAAAAUAUAAAGCUCCAGCUUUGUGGUUUGUAGAAAAUUUAUAUUAUGGGUCUUCGAUGAAAUGAAGAACCCUAUGUUUGCUCACUUCAUGUGCAAACCAUAUUAAACUUCUGAAGAAAUGUCAAGAUAAACGUAUGGCAAGGUUUACUGUAAAUGUUGCGAGUAGUCAGUGUUUGGAUGAGGGAUCUGAUAAUUUUCAUAAUUCUCAAAAAUAAUUCAAUGUGCGUCCACGAUUAUAAAUGUUUGCCUGUUGUGUGAACUCUAGAAACUCAUGUUCGCCAGCACACAAAAUGUUAUUCGAAUUAAAUUUUGCAGAAGAUGACUACAAUGUGUUCUUAAUUCCAUUACGUGUGCUCGGGGGAUGCUAGCAUGUCAAAUAGUAUUUUAAUUAGUAAUUAGUACUCAAAUUAGUAAUUAGUACUCAAAUUAGUAAUUAGUACUCAAUUAAACAAAACAAAGGUCUCCACAAGUUUAGUUUUGUUUUACCUUGAGAUUUUACGAGUAGCCUUUCCACUACCACUCAUAACAGGCAAACUGAUGGUUUCAUUUUGUGUAAAAUAUAUAUAACGUUAGUAUAAGAUGAAUAGUCAUCGAUGUAUUUAAAUUUGAUUGGGUAUUUCAAUGGGGGUGGUUAGAUAUCGCCACAUGGCGACCAACAUGAGAACUAGUCCAAGUAUAAUCGGUUAGACCCUGGCAAGUUAUUCAAAUUUCGCUUCGUAGUUCGUACUAAAAUUUUCCACGUAUAUUGUAUAGUGCACGAAAACGCUGCAUGCUCAUUGAUUUGCUACCAGCAUUAAGAUUAGCCUGCGAACAGGCUCUUUGAAUUCUAAUUCAAUUCAAAGAGCCUGUUCGCAGGCUACAUUAAUUAAGAUAAGAGUUAGGGUUGAAGCUUCUAGAUGAAGCCAAGACAGGAGUGAGUGGCCACCAUUCCAUUGAACUGAAAAAUUGACUCGAUAGCAUAAUCCAUUCUUUGUAGAAAAUUGGUAGACAAUAGAAAUCCGUGAAAUAUACGGGAAAAUCUUUACAUUAAAACGUCUUCAAACCAAUUGCAAUGCCAGAUAAUUACAUUAUUUUUCUGUAUCAAGCAUUUGUAGUUGGUCCUUUAGUAGUUAAUACAAUGCGAUGUCAAUACAGUUUUAUUUCUGGACCUCUGGAGUCGGUUGUUCAAAGCCCGAUUAGCGCUAACCUUGGGUUAAAUUUUAACCUGCUGUUUUUGUUUAUGUAUUUUUGCAUGAGCAUUCGUUUCAAAACUUUAGAAAAUAAAACCUCUAUUGAACCAGAAAGUAUUUCUGGAAAAACAUAUUCAGCUUGAUUGAUGAAUCUGUUGGAAAAUGUAAGUUGUAGAUUUGUGUUAACCCGGGGUUAGGCUAACCGGCUUUUGAACAACCAACCCCUGGUGGUCGCUCACUCCACUAGGAAUUAUAGAUGUGCUAGAAUUAGUAUCUCUUAUCUUUAAUGCUGCUGUGUUUGUAAAUAGUACGUAUUUUGUAAAUAUAAUAUUUAGAUAAUAAAGUCCUGGCAAACGAGAGUGAUAGUACAAAAAUAGGCUCGAAAAUUACGCUAUUCUUUAUUUUUAAUUCAAAAUCUGACGCAUCGUCGUCAUUCAUUGCGUAACACAAAACGAACUAUCCAGACCAACGCGAGCUAGAUGAACUAGCUUUUUUUUUGGCCAUUUCGGUUCGUUCGUCUGGAUCAUCAAGUCUCGAGUAUAAAUCGGUGCAUUUAAAGUGCCUAUGACACGAAAUUUCACCCCAAAUGUUUAUGAUUGCAUUGUAAAGAUCACUUAAAAUGACUUAAUAAUUUCUUUU